AUGGUUGCCCAAACCCCCAAUGGACAGCUGGAGACACAGCUGAAGAGCGACGAUCGCGAUGUUGCGGACCUUUGGAAGGAAGCACUAAAGAGCUACCAGAGCAUCGUUGGUUUUGACCUCGAUCGCAAAUUCGACAAUGCCCAGUCUAUGCUCGACUUCGGAACUGACCAGAUGAACAAUUUCCACAAGUUCAGACAUGACAAAGGCAAAGUAGACCGUCUCAGGACCCUCUUCUCUGCCAAUCUGGACUUGAUAGAGAAAGGCUCCAAUCAAAUCAUAGCCGCUGCAGCACCCGCAUUUCCACCUGCAGCAGCCAUAGGAACAGCCCUGACCUACAUGCUUCAAGCCUGUCGCUCCGUCUCAGCUGACUAUGAUAUAAUUAUUGUCUUCUUUGAAGACAUGAACAGCUUUCUGACCAGAAUCACCAUCUUGGAGACGAGGCUCCCACAGCACAAGGCCUACCAGAAUUGCUUGAUGGAGGUUUUUACCUCAUUCCUCACGUUAUGCGGAUUUGCACACAAGUAUAUCGAGCUGGGCCGAUUCAAGAAAUGGAUCUCCAACUUGUUCAAAGGCGACGAUGGAGAGCUUGGCGGAGCACGGGCGGGCUUGGAUAAGCGACUUGAACAUCUUCAGCAAGCAACUGAGUUUGCCAUCCUCGGCAACACCGAAGAGACACUCGCCAUGGCGUCACAACUCGACGAGAACCAGAAGUCACAUACUGAGAUGCUUGAGAGAGUCGGUCACACUAUUGAUACCAUCCAUGAAAAUACAGAGAGUAUUCGUGGCGAUAUCGCAAAGCUCUUGACGCUGUUUGAUACGCAGAAGAAGGACAGGUCAACGGAGAAGCCCCAGGCUAACAAGCCGCCGUCUGCCAAUAGUGUUCGUAACUCUAUGCCAGAGGUGUUUGACGACAAACACGAAUACCAGACUCUGAAAGAGACACUACUACCAGAUUCAUGUGGCUGGGUCUUUGCGGAGCCCGAAUGGGAGAAAUGGUUGAAGAUGCCUGAUGGAACUCGCCCGAUUCUCGCCAUUACUGCAGACCCUGGCACUGGAAAGAGUCAUAUAGCAGCUGCGAUACAUGACAAGCUUUCACACAAGGCAAAGGAGGAUGAAGCUGAUCACGUCUGCGUUAGCCACUUCUACUUCCGCGAGCAAGUAGAAGCAUUCGCUUAUUUUGGUUGUGGUAUCAUCACAAUCGUUAACCAAGUCGCCGAGACCAACUUUGCCGCCUGCGAGAAGUUCAAUACGCAGAUUGGCAGAGAUGAUAUUGACAUUGACACUGAGGAGUGGCAAGACCUUGUCACACAUCUCCUCGGGGCAGUAUUCGGUCAAGAGUCCAAGUUCCAUCUCUUUGUUGUCCUAGAUGGAUUGGAUGAGAUAGUUGACUGGUGGGAGUUUAAGGAGUUUGUAUCCAAGUUCCUCAUGGAGAAGAAACUCAAAGUCUCGCUCGUGGUGACAUCUAGGCCUGAUCGGCUUGAUGACCUUCCUCCGGACACCGAUCUGGUCCGGAUACAAGCAACCAAAAAGAAGCAGAGUCAGGAUCUUAGGGCUUUGGUCUGGAACAAGAUUAACUCACUUGACCAUCUGAAAGGGUUCAGUCGUUAUGUCAAGCAGCGAGUUGCGGACAAGAUUGAAGAAGUUUCCCCCAAUAUGCUGUACGCCGAGCAUCUGCUCGUUCGCCUGAAUGACUUGGGACGUGAAGGGUCUGUCCUUCGAACACUUGAACAAAAGAUGCCCAAUGAUCUCCAUGGAAUCUAUGAGGUCCUUCUUGCAGAAUGUCAGCGCCGCAUGCCCACCAAGCAUCAAGAGGUUUCUGCCUCGCUUCUCCACUGGAUUGCUUUUUCUAUGAGGCUUUUGACACUGGCUGAGGUUGAAUCACUGGUCAAGAACCUCGCACAAGACAACGAGUUCGAUAUCGAGGAGAUUCCCGAGCUGUUUAGUAGGUUUCUCACAGUCGGAGGUCCUGGCUAUGACAGUGAGGCACUAGCGAAAAUUCAGGCUGGCGAUGCCACUGCUGUUCAGGACUUGAAGCUCCAUGACGACCAAGGCCACGACAGCAUUUAUGAUGAUGGGCCACUCCCUGUCGCUUUUAAAGAACGUUCUAUGAGACACUAUUUCACCAAGAGCUCCCAAAGUACUUCUACACUCAAGUGGACACCUUCAGAAGCCCACAGGAGAAUACUUGUUACCAGCGCCAAACUUCUACGAUCCCCUCGCUCGAAAGUAGAUGAGAGUCUGUUGAAGUAUUGCGCCCUGUUCUUUACAGCACAUUGGCUACACGUAGAGAUGGAAAGCCACAGCUCCGAGGACCAGAUUGAGGUACUGGAGAGUAUUGCAGAGUCCCUGUCUAACAAGACUGGCCUUGCUGAAAUGCUGGGGAAAAGUGGCAUUUCUUACUCGAACGCAACAACUUCCGCGAUCAACCAAAAGGCUACCGAAUGGUCAAAGCUGCUUAACAAUCCAGGGAUCAGUGAGAAUCUUAGCGAGUUUGCAAUCGAAUGGUGGCAACGUGCUGGACAGGACCCAGCAAAUUGUCGCUUUGGUAUCGCCAAAGGUUAUCUACACGAACUGUACAAGGCCAAGGACUCGAACGCAGCUAUCGAAUGGUGGGAACGCCUCAGAGGUAUCUUGCGACUGGCAGGUGCGGAACGACUUCUUAUGGAUCAAGCUGCUACCAACUUUCCUGACUUCUCUAAGCUCAGCGACGAGUACGACGAGACUAAAGCUAGCUUGGGCAUAAUAGGUCUCUUUGGUGAAGAAAUCAAGCCUGAAGCUGCGGGACACCGUGCUGUUGCAACAAUUCUUCUUAAGAAUGGCCUCAAAGUACCGGCAGAGACGACAUGUAGGCAGGCUCUAGAACUCUGCACAUCAACUGAUGAAGAAUGGUACAGAGCGUCUUGCGUCCUCAUCAACAUACUUCUAGAACGAAAGAAGAAGAAAGAAGCAUACCAGGUCUCUCAGACAGCCGUCAAUGAGCUGAGAACGAAUGAAGUACCAGCGCCCCUGAGAAGAAAUGUUCAUACGACACAUGCCAAGGUCCAGCGCAAAUUAGGUCUCUUGGGUCCUGCUCUCGAAUCCUACGCACAAGCCAAAGCAAGUGAUCCUGACGGAAUCACUCCUGGCGAAGAUCUUGUUGGCGAGCUAAAGGUCGUUGACAGAAAGGAAGACAAGACAGAGUACAUCCAGAUGUUGAAAGGCUGGAGUCUUCUUGAGAGGAUAACAUGGCUUGCGUCAGAAUAUCUUGACGAAGGAGAGGAGAGGCAUGCGACGUUCUGCGACAUUGCUUCUGAGACUGGGGAAAAGGAGUUCAUUGUUCAGUUCUAUGAGGAGGCUACUAGCUUUCUUGACAACAUCGAUGCUGCACCACCUUUGCGCCUUGACCUUGCUCUUGUAUACUUGGAAGUCUGUCGAGAUCCUCAAAAGACGCUUGAAACACUGGACCAGGUAUUCGACGGUCAUGCCACGGGAUAUCGAUACCCUGUCGUGGGUGGCAGCGCGCUCUGGAUGAUACCCCGGGCUCUUGACUGCAUGGCAAAUGUCCAGGUCGAGCUAUUCCGCAGAUCUCGAGAUCCCGUAUACAAAGGCAAGCGAGUUGCUUCGAUGGCUAGCAUGAUGCAACGACCCUUCGUUUUGGACGUACCGCGGACCUCUGCGUCUUUCACCAGUUCGCAGCGCAUUGCACUGGCUUACAUGUAUAUGGUGAUGGGGCCUGUAUCAAAGUUCCAAGAAAUAACCCAGUCUCUACUAGAUGACUGCUUCGUCGGUCUGGCUGACUCGGUGGGGUGGAGUGACUCACCCUAUCUUUGGACUCUUGCAAAGACUCUGGCAUUGAUGAGCAGGGCACUCAGGAAUGAUGAUAAACUGCGCCGAUAUGCUCGAAUUGUCGGCUCUGCUAUGUUCUCGCAGUUGACCAAGGAUGAAAAGGAUGCUUCUGAUAAAGCAGGCACCGAUGGAUUAGCAGCAAACGGCAAGGAGAAUGGUACAGAAGGAUCAAAGAGCGAAGGAGAUGAGAAGGAUAGUCAAGACCAAACUCCAAACGAGGGAGACGAAGUCGAGAUUGACUCAAGUGACGACGAAAACAAGCUUGGGCCUAUGCCAGACAACGAAGGGGAUCUGAUCGAUAACGAAGAAGCCCUCUACAGCUGUGGAGGUUUCUGCUAUCCCGCCCGCAAAUUCCAAUGGUGGGCAAACCGCUCAGCUUAUCUAUACGUGACUCAUGAGACGGGCAUGAUAUGCGAGGAGUGCCAGGCCGAAUACGAUGCCAUCCAGCGCGGCGAAAAGAGUUUCAGAGGUCGUUACUUUUGGGGCAUCGGGCAUGACAAGCUCAAGCUUCCUGUUGAAGGCUGGAAGGGUGUCAAGGAUGGGGUCUUGAGGAUCGAGGGUGAGGAACCGAUUGCGGUAGAUGCCUUUUUUGAGAAGCUACGGACUGAGGUAUGUCGUGAUGUAUGGGAGCGGCUUUGGGCUGGGGAUGCGUUUUGA